UAAAAUCUUGUUCGUUAAAGAACGAAACGCACACAACGUACGUCAACAUUGUCAACAACGAAAAUGGUAGCGUCUUGGCGUCUUGUGUAAAAUUAGACAUUCUUGCAUUCUGUUAUUUCUGUUGAUAAUAAGACAUAAUCCAUAUUUGUAGCUUUAUUUACCUCUAUUACAUAUUAUAUUGUAAUAAUGUAACUAGUUUUCAGCAUGACAAGGAACUCUACUGUAGUAUUUUAGUUCUCAAUCAUGUUUUGUAUUGAGAGAGUUCUAAUAUUUUAUAACUCUAUCAUACCGCGAACUACAAAGUAUUUGUAAAUGAUGUUUUGAUUAUUUUAUGAAUAAAAUAUAUUAUUCACCGCGAUGGAAGACGUGAAAGUUUGCCGAAUAUGCCUUGUUAUGGGAGUAAAGAUGUACAACUUGCAUACGUACCCAUUAUAUGGUUACUUUGAAUCACUUAUUGGGAUUAAUCCUCUAAGCAUGAUGGAGCUCCCUCCGUACGGGUGUUUUGAAUGCGCUGCGCUGAUGAAGAAGCUGUAUAACUUUAAGGAGCGAUGUCUCAUCGGUCAGGCUGAGCUGUACGCUGUGUUGCAGGCAACUGGCAAGAUUACAGCCGAAGCGUUAAACAGUAUAGACCGCCGGCAACUCAAAUUGAUCUCCAAUCUAUCCAUCACCCAUGAAAAUAAUAUAAUAUCCUAUGAACAUGACGAUAAUGUUCAAGUGAAAAUAGAAUCUCCCAAACCGAGUGAUGAUUAUCUCAUUGAAAUAGAUACAAUUAAGCAAGAAGAUUAUGAUGAUUUCCUAAUGACUAAUGUGUCAAGUGACGAUGAGCCUCUUUCGUUACAAAAGAGUGUGAAAGAGAAAAAGAAGGUUAAGAAAAAAGAUAAGAGGGGACGGAAGAAAAAAGAAAAAGUUGGUUUAGAAUGUAAUGGAGAGUUACAGGAUAUUGAGGCAAAAACCGACAUACAAAUGACCCUGGAUUCCGAAGCCCCAGAGGCCGCAGAUGCCUCAGAAGCCCAAGAGGCCUCAGAGCUCCCAGAGGCCCCUAAAAAGAAACGAGGCCGGCCUCGGCUGUCGGAGGCCAAGAAAGAAGCGAAGCCAAAAUCCCGACGGACUCGCAAUACUGGUGGUGUGGGCGUGGAUGAUAUAGAUCUUGAGGAGUAUGUCACGGUUGUUAAGUUGACUCCGGAAGAGCAACUAGAGGAGAUAACCAAACGCCAGCAGUCCUCAAACUAUCUUAAUGCUCCGUUCCAGUGCAAUCUCUGUUAUAAAGGCUUUAUAGACGCGUUGGCUUGGAAACAUCACGUGGGAAAACAUGAUCCAAGCGCAGGGGAAGUGGAGUGCAAAAUUUGCAAGUUCCGUUUCCGGUCCCGGCGCGCGCUGCAGAAGCACGCCGCCAACCACGAGAAGAAAUACGCCUGCCGCUCCUGCCCAUAUAUCUCCAAAACCACAACGCAAGCGAAGCAACAUCAGCGAUGGCAUAAAGGAGUUACAUACAAGUGCCAGUACUGCGACGAGAUAUCGACUAAAUGGACGUCGUACCUAAGCCACGUGCGAAUCAAGCACCCCUCAGAGUUCAUAUGCGGCGUGUGUGGAUACUCUUACGUCAGCAAGCUCGGGCUCGCCAUGCAUAAGACCAUGAUGCAUAAGGACUAUGUUGAAAAGACUGAACCGGAUGCCGAUGCAGAGCCGGGCCCGUAUUGCCAGGAGUGCGACGUACAGUUCGUCACAGAGGAGGCGUGGAAGCGACACAUGGUCACCUCCGCCAAGCAUGCACCCUCUAACGACUUCAAGAACGGGUGCCGGUCGUGCGGCAGCGUGUUCUCGAGCGGCGAGGAGCUGCGCGUGCACCACCGCGCCGCGCACGCGCGCCGCCGCCCCAAGAACUACGGCAAGAAGCGCGACCACGCCUGGCCCGCGCCCUGCGAACACUGUUCGGAAGAGAUCCCGAACGCGCGGGAGUACUGGACUCACUUCCGUCGCGCGCACCCGGACAAACCGUAUCCCAUACAGAAGAACUACAUCUGUGAUAUUUGCGGCAAGAGCUUUAGGGGCAACGCGUUCCUCGUCUACCACAAACGCACCCAUUUCGAAGAGCGCGCGUACAAAUGCGCCGUCUGCCCCAAAGCGUUCCACAACCGAACCAACCUGCAGAUGCACGAGAAGACGCAUUCAGACGCGCGGCCCUACCCGUGCUCUGUCUGCUUUAAGGCUUUCAAGUGUAAGGGGGCACUCGACAGGCACUUCAGGAGUCACACUGGCGUAAAACCAUACGAGUGCGAAGUAUGCGGCAAGGCGUUCGGGCAGUCCAACAGCCGUAAGCUUCACGUGCGCACCGUGCACUUACGUCAGCCGGCGCCCUACGUCAGUCGCGCGAGGAAACGACGCCCGCUGCUCGAGGCGCCAGCGCUUUGCAACUAGAAGUGAAAAAACCAUACACAUGCGAUAUAUGUUGGGGAUUAGGGUGCCUCACGCGCUUUGCAACUAGGAAUGUGAAAACCUUUCUCGUGCUAAAUGUGUUCCGG